UGACGUGAGCACAGUAAAAACUUUGUUAGUAACAAUUUAAAAUAAAAUAAGGGGUACGGCGUAGCGCGCCUUUAACGAAAAUAAUAUUAAAGAAUGGAAAUAUUAAAAAGAAGCAGUGCAAUAUUUGUUAUUAUAUCUUUAUUAAUUGAAACAAAUGGCUUUUAUGUACCUGGUGUUGCUCCUGUGGAAUUUAAAAAAGGGCAAAAGAUUGAUGUUAAAGCAGUUAAAAUGACCAGCACUCAUACCCAAUUACCAUACGGAUAUUAUUCUGUUCCUUUUUGCAGACCAAAAAAUGGAACUAUCUACAAAUCAGAAAAUUUAGGAGAAGUAUUACGUGGUGAUAGAAUUGUAAAUACACCAUAUGAGGUAUUAAUGGCAGAAGACAUAACCUGUAGAUUAUUGUGUCAUGGACCAUCUAAUCUUAUAACAUGGAAUGAAGAAGAGUCAUUGCGUGUUAUAGAACGCAUUCAACACGAUUAUACUGUGCAUUUGUUAAUUGAUAACUUACCAGCAGCAACAAAAAAGGUUCAUAAAGAUACAAAUAAUGUAAUUGUAUAUCAUGGAUAUCGUUUGGGUGGUAUUAUGAAUGAUCAAUAUUAUAUUAAUAAUUACCUUAAAUUAAAAUUAAGUUACCAUAAAUAUGGAGAAAAUGAAUUUAGAGUAGUUGGAUUUGAAGUAGAAGCUCGUUCAGUUGAUGUAAGUCAAUUAACAUUUGAUGGAACAACUUGUAUAGUGCCCACACAUGCCCAAGCAAAUCCUCAGUUUGUCAAGCCUAAAGGAACUAAGCUUCUGUUCUUGUAUUCUGUGGAAUGGAGGAUAUCUGACGUAAGUUGGGCAAGCAGAUGGGACAUAUAUCUAGGAAUGAGUGAUGUUGAAAUUCAUUGGUUUUCAAUCAUCAAUUCACUUAUUGUAGUCAUUUUUCUUUUUGGCGUUUUAACAAUGAUAAUGGUUCGGACACUCAGAAGAGAUAUUGCACGUUACAAUGCUGGUGAAAGUGAUAGUUUAGCAGGUUUAGAUGAAAUAAUCGAAGAAACUGGUUGGAAAUUAGUUCACGGAGAUGUAUUUCGGCCACCGCCAAAUCCUCGAUUAUUUGCUGCUGUGAUAGGCAGUGGAAUUCAAAUAUUUUUUAUGGCUUUAAUCACAAUAUUUUUUGCUAUGUUGGGAAUGCUUUCUCCUGCUAGUAGAGGUGCACUUGGAAGUUGUGUUAUAACCUUAUAUGUAUGUUCUGGUUUAAUUGCCGGGUAUUUCUCUGCACGUCUUUAUAAAACAAUGCGUGGUCGAAAAUGGAGAAGAACAGCAUUAUUGACAGCAACACUUUAUCCUGGAAUAGUGUUUACUACUUGUUUCUUCUUAAAUUUCUUUAUAUGGGGCAAGCAUAGUUCUGGUGCAGUACCAUUUACAGCAAUGUUAGCACUGUUAUGUUUAUGGUUUGGUAUAUCUCUUCCUCUUGUAUAUGUUGGAUAUUUCUUUGGAUAUCGUAAACAUCCUUUUACGCAUCCUGUUAGAACAAAUCAAAUUCCUAGACAAGUUCCUGAUCAAUUAUGGUAUAUGAAUCCAAUAUUGUGCACACUUAUGGCUGGAAUUCUUCCAUUCGGUGCUGUUUUUAUAGAAUUAUUUUUCAUUCUCACUGCAUUAUGGGAAAAUCAGUUUUAUUAUCUUUUUGGAUUUCUCUUCCUUGUAUUCUGUAUACUUGUUAUCUCUUGUUCACAAAUAUCCAUAGUUAUGGUUUAUUUCCAGUUAUGUGGAGAAGAUUAUCGAUGGUGGUGGAGAAGCUUUAUUGUUAGUGGAGGAUCAGCUGUAUAUGUUUUAGCCUAUUCAAUUUUUUAUUUUAUGACAAAAUUAGAAAUAACAGAACUAAUUCCAACACUUUUGUAUUUUGGUUAUACUGGAUUGAUGGUAUUAACUUUUUGGUUAUUAACAGGUACAAUAGGAUUUUUUGCAGCUUAUGCAUUUAUUCGAAAAAUAUAUGCUGCUGUAAAAAUAGACUAG